GUGUACAGGACCCUUUCAGCACAGACAGGAACACACAUACAGCAGGCUGGCUGUGAAGGUUGAGUUUCAUCUACGUCAAUCAACUAAACUUUCAGAAAACCACACACCCCACAGAAAACCACUCUCCGAAAUAAGGGGAAAACAUGAGCAAAGAGAUUACACUUCCACACGAUGCUGCCGUCGGCUCUGCGCCACUCAAAUAGCCAGCUGCUUCUUUUAACACAAACCUGAGUUUUGUCUAACAAAGCUCAUUGGGAACAAAGCGGUCCAUCUUGUCAAUCAGGUCCGAAUACUUUUGUUGUGGUCAGCUGCACACCAUGAGUUCUGUGCCAAACCGUUCCCAUACACCAUGUGUAAUCAAUAAUAAUAUGGAACCUUUUACUUAUUUUUAUUACUUAAUCUUUCUGAUUGGUAUUAUUGGGAGUUGCAUCGCACUUUGGUCAUUCAUAAGCCAAAGGAAAGCCAGAAAAUGCCUCAACAUCUACUUAAUUAACCUGCUGACUGCCGAUUUCCUACUGAGUCUGGCUCUGCCAUUCAAAAUAAUUGUUGACCUGGGAGUUGCUCCAUGGGGUUUGAAAAUCUUCCACUGUCAGGUUACAGCGUGCCUCAUCUAUGUAAAUAUGUAUUCAUCGAUUAUUUUCCUGGGCUUCGUUAGCAUAGAUCGAUAUAUUCACCUCUCAGGAAACUCGAGAUUCCAAAGGAUUCAAGAGCCAGGUUUUGCAAAAAUGAUGUCUCUGGUCAUUUGGGGAAUGGUCCUGCUGCUGAUGGUGCCUAAUAUGGCAAUCCCCAUCAAAACCAUAGAGCCAAAACCUCUUCUCAAGUGUGCAGAGAUCAAAAUUACACUGGGGUUGCACUGGCAUGUCCUUACCAAUUUUAUCUGCAUUGCAAUAUUCAUGAACGUUUCGGCGAUGAUGCUGACCUCCAACUUCCUUGUGGUGAAGAAACUGUACAAAAACAAGGACAGAGAAAUGCAGAAAGAUGUCCAGCAAACUCUGAGGCAUGUUUUCAUACUGACUGGCAUCUACAUAAUUUGUUUUGUCCCAUAUCACAUUGUUCGGACUCCGUACACGCUCAGUCAGUACAAGCCGGUGGGAGACUGCACUGUGCAGCGAUCCUGGUUUCUGGCAAAGGAAUGCACCUUCCUCCUGGCCGUCCUCAAUCUCUGCCUUGACCCCAUUUUGUAUUUUUACCUCUGCAAAUCAUUCCGGUCAAAAAUUACUCAAACGUUUGGAUUGGCCAAAGAGAUGAAACACAAGAAAAGGGAGGCUGAACAGGCAGCAAAUGAGACCAACUUGACAUUGUGUAAUUAAAGUGGACAGUCACCUAUCCAUUCUGUUUUUUAUGUCCCCCAAAACUAUACUAAGAAGAAACAUUGAAACAAAUGGCACAAAUUUUGAGGUUUAAAAGGAACGUUUGAAGCUUUUGCUGUGAUGCUACAAUUUCCUCAGCAAAUAAACUGCAUGAAGAAGAAGAAGAAAAACCAUACUGACAACGUUUUUACUUUGGGGAGUUAGAGAGUUUGUGCUUGGGUCGAAGUUAUAAGUCUACGACGCAAGGUAAACUAUUUCAAGAAAACUUGCUUGACAAAAGAAAAAUGCUGUGUGGAAAGUGCACUUGUGACUACCGAUAGAUUAUAUGAUGCUUAUGACUUUUGAAAAAGAUUCUGCGCAAUGUGUGCAACACUGUGGACUAAUGUUAUUCAAGUUUAAGUGUUAUAUAUUGUAUUUAAUGAAACUCAAGCUGAAUUAA